GUGUCGCGCUCAUCCGAGGUUCCUGAGUGACAGGAGAUUCGCGGGCCAUAAAAGGGAGGGAGGCAGGGCCGGGCAGCCUCCCAGCCAGGCCUCCCGAGAAGCUGGCAGGUCCAGCGCGCCAGCCUCUUGUCCAGGGUCAGCACGUGGGCUCCGCUCCCCCUGGAAGCCCAGCCCCAGGUCAGCAGGAGACAAGGAGACAGAGCUGGAGGACUCGGCCCGGCCUGGAGGAGCAGGUGCGGCUACAGCCGGAUCAGAAAAUAUUUCGGAGAGCUGAACCCAGAAUCAAAAGAAAUGAGUGAGCCUAAGCCUUUGGAAGAGGAGGCGUACGACAUGUCGGGCGCCCGCCUAGCCCUGACACUGUGUGUCACCAAGGCCCGCAAGGGCUCCGAGGCAGACCUGGACGCCCUAAAGAGCAUGUUCGAUCACCUGCGGUUCAACAGCACCAUGAAGAGAGACCCCACCGCCCAGCAAUUCCAGGACGAGAUGGAAAAGUUCCAGCAGGUCAUAGACAGUUGGGAAGAGCCGGUGAGCUGUGCCUUCGUGGUGCUCAUGGCCCACGGGGACGAAGGCAUCCUCAUGGGCGAAGACGGGGAGACCGUCCAGCUGGAUGACCUCUUCCAGGUCCUCAACAACAAAAACUGCAAGGCCCUGAGGGCCAAGCCCAAAGUGUUCAUCGUGCAGGCCUGCCGAGGAGUGCACAAGGACCUCGGAGAAACCGUAGGAGGAGAUGAAGUGACGUUGAUCACCAAUGACGGUCCCUACACCAUCCCGACGUACACGGACUUUCUCCACGUGUACUCCACCGUGGAGGGGUUCAUUUCCUACAGACAAGAAGAAGAUGGCUCCUGCUUCAUCCAGACACUGGUGAAGGUGUUCAGAGACAGGCUCGGCUCCAUCCUGGAGCUCCUGACCGAGGUGACCCGGCUUAUGGCAGAGGAAGAGCUCCUUCAUGAAGGGAGACUGAGGAAAGUGAAUCCCGAAAUCCAGAGCACCCUCCGGAAGAAGCUCUACCUGCAAUAAAAGCAGAGAACCCGGGGAGAACCUCUCCUGCAAGUACUCUCUUGGCCCCACAGAUAUUCACAGGGCGGCUCCCCCCUUCCUCAAAAUCUCCUCCUCCCAAUCUUUCUUCACCCCCAUCUGUGUCCUUCUUGGAACAGUCCAGCCAAAGCUGAGCACCUGACACGAAGGUAACAUGAACAUCACCUCCCUCUGGCUGGACUCUCUACCUCCAUUAACCCAACCUCAGGGCACCCGCUUCUGCUUUAUGCGUUUGUACCCAACUGAGAUCUGUCUCUUCCUCGUGUGACACAUGUUCAUACACAACCAACUAGUUAAGCUCAAGAUUUCCUCUGAUCCCAUCUCCCAGGGAUUCCCUCCUAAACCCUGAAAUCUCCGAGAGGCAUAAAUUACUCUCCCAAACCUGCCUCCCUGGCUAGCAAGUUAGUGCCUCUACGCAUCCCCCGAGGGUGACUCACGGGCUUUUUCUCUGAGUAAUACAGCUGCCUCUUGCUUUCCCCGUUCCCUUCCUCCUGAUGUUUUUUCCUUAAGUUCCUGGACUCUGCCCUCUCUCCAAGGGAAUCUGCUCAUCCACUUCUCUGUUUUAACUUUCAGCCGCUCUAAUCAGAGCCCACCCACCCUGCGGGCCUACACAGCAGAGUAACAGAGGCCCAGAGAGGUUCAGUAACAUGGCAGUUGCCACACAGGAUCUGACACACACAGAGGCAGAGCUGAGUUCUGAUUUGUAUCUCAGCCCCCUUUUCACAAUCUGCUAAGUCUUGAUCUAUCAGAAGUUUCCUAAUCAGAGUCACCCAGGGAGUGUCGUCCCUCUGCUGCAGGGAGGAGCUCUUCGGAAGGCUCCUAGAAAUUCUCCAAACCUGCCAGCUGAGGUCACGCCUGUGGCAUUUCAGCCCUGGGCUGGAGGUUGGACCAGCUGUGUGUUUUUGCAAGUUCCGAGGCCUGCUCUGUGGGUGUAUCCACCAUCUUUGAAAAUUCAUUGCUAAAGCAUCUUUUUCUCCUGGUCCUUCCUCCAAGAACUCCCUGGAAUCCUCACCCUCAGACCCCAGGCUGUUACCUCUGAAGUCAUCUGUGUCCCCUGUCUUUUUCUGUGCCUCCUGGACCACCGGCCACCACGCCAGCCCCCCUGAUGUCAAACCUCCUUCCCUCCCCCUCAUCCCCCUUCAGGGUCAGUCUCCACCUUCUCGGCUCUUUAUCUGGGCAGCUAGCAUCCUUCCCGCCUCUCUGCCUUCUCCUCUCACGGGGCUUCAUCUGUCCUUCACGCCGUCUAAAAGAGAAACCUCCCCGGAAUGGUCCAGAAGACACAGGAGCGCUGUCCUUUAGAGACCAAGGCCAGACUCCACUCCUGAUGUCUCCCACCUGCUGACCCCACUCGGCACCAGCGCCCAGCGAAGCUCUUCCCAGGCUCCUCCACCCUGACCGCAGGUCUGCGUCCUCUUCCUCACCUGGGCUAUGCGUCUGCAAUCAGCGUUGCCCCAAAUGAAGGGGGCCCCCUCUCUCCUUAUCCUCUCCCCAUGUCUCCAUCCCCUACUUAUCCCAAAAAGCCUUCUCUAGCAUCCUUUGAGUUGUUCCUUACCCAGAAUGAGAUGCUGGAAAAGACCACGUCUGGAGGCCAAGAGAAUAUCACCCAAAUGAUGAUAAAGUGUCCAGUAAAAUGUUAUAAUACUU